CUUGAAAUUUUAGAUCUGAUUUAUUUGGCCUUGGCCCUUGUGUUUUACUUUUUCAGAAAAUCCUUUGAAAUCAGUAAAUCUCAUUAUAGUAACUUAAAGUUUUUUUACUGUUCACGUAAAACUGAAAAGGAAUGCACAAUAAAGUUUAAUAAUUGAAAUCAUUAAUAUAAAAACGUAUUAUGUGGAGGCGAAAAUGGGUAAAAAUAAGAUGAUAGCAAAAAGCUGCCCCAAAUGUGAAUUACAGGUGGCAGUUGCAUCAAAGUCCUGUAAGUGCGGGCAUACGUUUUUCGCAAAUCGUCGAGGAGCGGACACGCUACCAGCCGUCGAAGAUAUUAGACGACGAACGGGCAGGAUCAAACGAGCGCAGCCACAGUUCUAUGAUGCUCAGCAUUAUCAGAAACAGAAACGGAAGUCGCCGAAGAAACGUUCGCUCGACGAUGAAUUUAAAAACAAGGAUAAAAAUGAAUCAGCAACAGCCAGGGCCCGUCGCCGCCGGGCCUUACGCAGGGCCAAAAGGUCUCCGCAACAAACGGAGCGAACUAGGGACCCCACACCACAGUUACGGCCGUCACAAAUAGCGAGAUGUCAACUCAUUUUGUUAGAGAUUAAUAGGAAAAUGCGCGCCGUUACCUGGCAACCGCCGGCUGACGGUUAGAGGCCCUAGUUUGGGGCCCCGGUUUAGGUGCUUUUCCACCAAUAAUGUGCGAGAUUGUGUAGCGAGGAAUGUGUUUGUAAAUAACCAAUACUAUCGCUUCAAACGCUUAAUGCUUCAUACUAAAUGAAGCGAUAUGAUUGGUUCUUUACAAACACAUUCCUCGCAUAUUAUUGGUGGAAAAGCAUCUCUUCGGUAAUUCAUAGGCUCUGCUUCGUGUAGGCACUGAUAUAAGGAAUUGUUGAAGAAUUUAUUCUUACUCAAUGAGUUAAAUAAAGGCCCUUAAAUUUUAAUUAUGAGUUGAAGAUUUGUUGUAAGCUUUGAUUAAAAAGUUAUUUUAAAAUAAAUAAAAUAAAAAAUAUUUUUGCAUUUAAACUAUUGUAAUGAUUGAAUUAUUGUAAUUAAUCGCCUAGAGAUAGGGCCAUACAACUAUUGUAUAAAGUAGACACAGUUUCAUAAUAAUGUAUUAACAGUAAACAUUCAUAUGAAACUUGUGUCUAUAUUGCGUUAAAAAUGCUAUACCGCUAUAAAUAUAAUAUUUUAUUCUUGUAUACAAUACAAAGAUAUUAUUUUCAUUUUAAUAAAUGUAAGAAAAUCAUUCUCAUCCUUUUAUUAUCACUUUAACUUAAAUUACUUUGUUUCUGAUGUAUGAUGCUGUCAAUUAAUUUUUUUUAAUAUUAAGCAGGGCCUUAUAAGUUUUGGGGCCCCAAACAUUUUAAAACAUCUUUUUAAUAUUAAAAUGCACAUGUAAGGUUUUCGCAUUGAUCAUAAUUUUAUUAGUAUACUGUUGUAAAUAAUAUGUAAAAUUUAAUAUUUU